AUGGCAUGGGUCAAGUUCUUCAGGAAGCCGGGGGGCAAUCUCGCCAAAUCCUACCAGCCGGGGAGCAUGCUGUCUCUGGCCCCCACCAAAGGCCUGCUGAACGAGCCGGGGCAGAACAGCUGCUUUCUCAACAGUGCGGUGCAGGUGAGUCCUAUCUUACCAAUAAAUAGUAAAUUAUUACUGCAUGUUUUCUUCAUAUGCAGCAGAGGUAAUGGCCAUAAACAGAUAAUUGCAAUAAAUGCUUUGUUUUUGAAUGGCUAUGUAUCCAGAACAAUGGGAUGGAAGUAGAGACAGUUAAUCUCUGAUUAGGGACAUGAGUAAAAGCUUAAUGUGAAUUGCAACAAUGCCAAAUCCCUUUAUUGCAAUACCUGGUAAGCCGAGUCGAUGCAAAACAUGUUCUCAUUUCUAGUAGACUACAUCACUCAUGUUAGCGUUGCUUAGUUAUACGAAAGGUCUCGACAGCACCACCGGCAUUACUUUACAGCCUCAAAGCCCAUAGCUUAGUCACUGUAAAUUCGUCAGUACGUCCCAGCAAGUAACUGGAAGGUUGUUUUUGUCUCGUGGGAUGGCAGUUGGCGAGAGGGUUGGCGGGUGCAAUUAUCCCGCAGUGAGGUCACUUUUCCAGGCCGUGACUCAGAGGGCGAGACGUGGCUGAGCUGGGUGAAGAUCUCGGACACCCAGGGCUUUGUUUCCAAGGAGCCCUCCUCUCCCUCUUUCUUUCCCCCUCCCUCCCUCCUUCCUCUGCCCUCCUCAUGGCCUGACUCAACCAGAGACCCCCUUUAACUCUAAGCACCAAGGAAGGACAUCACUAGCCCUAAAUCCCCGGUUGAGAAUGUUUGAGGACAGGUCGCAACGUGAAGUAAGCUGGAGAAAGCUUGAUUUCCACCCAUAAUUAUUAACUGGCCCUCAAGUGUCACAUUUAGAACUGAAUGAGUGUUUUCUAAAACAAAUCCCAUAAAAACCUGUCUUUCAUCAAAGGUUAUUGGGAAGUAUUAGCUGGCCAAGUCUGGGUUAUAAUGAGAGUUUGGUGUGGAAAAUGAGGAAUUUAAUGAACAUGACAAUACUUUCUCAAUAAUAUGUUUUCUUCAAUCCCCUGUUCAGGUGCUGUGGCAGCUGGACAUCUUCAGACGCAGUCUGAGGCAGCUUCCUGGACACUUCUGUCUCGGAGACUCUUGCAUCUUCUGUGCGUUGAAGGUAUGCACCCUUCAUCAAGUCUUAGUUGUUGCAAGCAAUCACUAUAUAUAUAUAUAUAUAUGUAUGUAUGUAUGUAUAUGUAUAUGUAUAUGUAUAUAUAUGUAUAUGUUACUUUUGUAGGGAUUUAUCGUUGCUGACACGUAGUUGUCCCUUGAGAACUGCUGUUAAUAAUUCAUUUUAAAUGUUUUCAUUUUCAGGUGCUUGAAAGUCAGUUAGGUUUGUUCGGAAACCUUUAAUUAAAUGAAUGGUCUGGUCAAUUCCCAACUUCUUUCCUGUUCCGCAGGGCAUCUUCUCCCAGUUCCAGCACAGUCGGGAGCGCGCCUUGCCCUCGGACAACCUGCGUCAUGCCCUGGCAGAGACCUUUAAAGACGAGCACCGCUUUCAGCUCGGCUUCAUGGACGAUGCUGCCGAGUGCUUUGUAAGUUUCCCGUGGUGACUGACCAGACUUUCCGGCGGAACCCAGGUAUCCAGGGGGGCCUCUGAGCAGAGGCGACUGGGGCCUCCCCAGGGAUAGACUGGAGUGUGUUGGGGACACAUGAGGGCAUACGUGCUAUAACAAACAUUUCAGCGAUGGUAUUAAGAGAUAGAUGGGAGGGGUUGAAUGGAGGUGGGACUAAUAACUAAUAACAACAAGAUAACUAAUGUAAAACAUACUGUGUCCUUAAAACGUAUAUAGGUUAAGAACUUUUGUGAAAGAGCACAGUUUGAAAGAUAUGGCAAAUAGAAAUCAAACUGGAUGGACAUCAGAAAUAGAUGGGAGAGGUUGAGGGUAGAGGAAGGACAUGAGUAAAAAAGUGUCCAUAAAAUGUAUAUAAUAUGUACAGUGGGGAGAACAAGUAUUUGAUACACUGCCGAUUUUGCAGGUUUUCCUACUUACAACGCAUGUAGAGGUCUGUCAUUUUUAUAAUAGGUACACUUCAACUGUGAGAGACGGAAUCUAAAACAAAAAUCCAGAAAAUCACAUUGUAUGAUUUUUAAGUAAUUCAUUUGCAUUUUAUUGCAUGACAUAAUUAUUUGAUACAUCAGAAAAGCAGAACUUAAUAUUUGGUACAGAAACCUUUGUUUGCAAUUACAGAGAUCAUACUUUUCCUGUAGGUCUUGACCAGGUUUGCACACACUGCAGCAGGGAUUUUGGCCCACUCCUCCAUACAGACCUUCUCCAGAUCCUUCAGGUUUCGGGGCUGUCGCUGGGCAAUACGGACUUUCAGCUCCCUCCAAAGAUGUUCUAUUGGGUUCAGGUCUGGAGACUGGCUAGGCCACUCCAGGACCUUGAGAUGCUUCUUACGGAGCCACUCCUUAGUUGCCCUGGCUGUGUGUUUCGGGUCGUUGUCAUGCUGGAAGACCCAGCCACGACCCAUCUUCAAUGCUCUUACUGAGGGAAGGAGGUUGUUGGCCAAGAUCUCGCGAUACAUGGCCCCAUCCAUCCUCCCCUCAAUACGGUGCAGUCGUCUUGUCCCCUUUGCAGAAAAGCAUCCCCAAAGAAUGAAGUUUCCACCUCCAUGCUUCACGGUUGGGAUGGUGUUCUUGGGGUUGUACUCAUCCUUCUUCUUCCUCCAAACACGGUGAGUGGAGUUUAGACCAAAAAGCUCUAUUUCUGUCUCAUCAGACCACAUGACAGACUCCCAUUCCUCCUCUGGAUCAUCCAGAUGGUCAUUGGCAAACUUCAGACGGGCCUGGACAUGUGCUGGCUUGAGCAGGGGGACCUUGCGUGCGCUGCAGGAUUUUAAACCAUGACGGCGUAGUGUGUUACUAAUGGUUUUAUUUGAGACUGUGGUCCCAGCUCUCUUCAGGUCAUUGACCAGGUCCUGCCGUGUAGUUCUGGGCUGAUCCCUCACCUUCCUCAUGAUCAUUGAUGCCCCACGAGGUGAGAUCUUGCAUGGAGCCCCAGACCGAGGGUGAUUGACCGUCAUCUUGAACUUCUUCCAUUUUCUAAUAAUUGUGCCAACAGUUGUUGCCUUCUCACCAAGCUGCUUGCCUAUUGUCCUGUAGCCCAUCCCAGCCUUGUGCAGGUCUACAAUUUUAUCCCUGAUGUCCUUACACAGCUCUCUGGUCUUGGCCAUUGUGGAGAGGUUGGAGUCUGUUUGAUUGAGUGUGUGGACAGGUGUCUUUUAUACAGGUAACGAGUUCAAACAGGUGCAGUUAAUACAGGUAAUGAGUGGAGAACAGGAGGGCUUCUUAAAGAAAAACUAACAGGUCUGUGAGAGCCGGAAUUCUUACUGGUUGGCAAUAAAAUGCAAAUGAAUUACUUAAAAAUCAUACAAUGUGAUUUUCUGGAUUUUUGUUUUAGAUUCCGUCUCUCACAGUUGAAGUGUACCUAUGAUAAAAAUUACAGACCUCUAUAUACUUUGUAAGUAGGAAAACCUGCAAAAUCGGCAGUGUAUCAAAUACUUGUUCUCCCCACUGUACAUACAUACAUACAUACAUACAGUGAGGGGGAAAAAAGUAUUUGAUCCCCUGCUGAUUUUGUACCACGGGGGGCCAGUAUGAAAAAUAAAAAAAAUAAUGUAUGCAAGUAAGUCGCUCUGGAUAAGAGCGUCUGCUAAAUGACUAAAAUGUAAUGUAAAUGUAAUUGGAACACAGAACUGAUGGUUGCUGAUAAUGGGCCUCUGUACGCCUAUGUAGAUAUUCCAUUACAAAUCAGCCAUUUACAACAUUAACAAUGUCUACACUGUAUUUCUGAUCAAUUUGAUGUUAUUUUAAUUGACAAAAAAAAUGUUUUUCCUUCGAAAACAGGGACAUUUCUAAGUGACCCCAAUCUUUUGAACGGUAGUGUAUAUAUUAGCAAAACAAUAUAUGGGGGAUUGGAAGUGAUGCAGACAAUUACAUUGAUGGAAGCUACAAUCUCUCUGCAAUAUUAAAACUGAUCUACUCCCUAAAUGGAAAAAAUGAAAUAUUAAUAAUAAAUAAGAUUUCAUCGAGGUCACCGUCUGAUAGAGCCCUGUCCCCUCUCCCACCAACCCCCUUGACACAACCUAUAAUAUAUAAUGGUGGCGGGUUACAUAAGCAGAAGCACCAUCUUUGGGCCUUUAUGGUUUCCCCACUGUGUGCAGCAUCACUCCGAGUCGUUUAAAGAUGUCUCUAUGAACCCUCUGAAUGAGUCAUUAUAACCAUAGCUGUUCAGUCCACUUGUGCUUAGUUUGGCUAACUUCCACUGUAGUAGUAAUGCUUUCUUACCCUGUUCUUUUUAACAUUCAUUUUAGACCCAACAGAGAAAAGGUUAUUACAAGCUGGGACCAGGAAUGUUCAGAUGCUUCAACACCAACUAAGAAACAUUCAGGAUUUAGGAAUAUUACUGUACAUUACGUAUAGUUUUAGACUUCAUCUUAGCUCAUGAUUUAGUUCCUCUUUAGACAUAGGGCUUAGGGGACGGUACACUACAGUACAUUGUGUUCUCUGUCUGCCAGUAUUGGGUUUUCGCUGUAGCGAAAUUGCUGUAAACCUACUCAGCACAAACGUACACCCAUUUUCUGUUCAGCGCAGCAGCUCUCGAGUGGGGAGGUCAUUCACUCAGGAGGGCUCAUUCUACAGUGGAGGAUAAACGGACGAGAAAAUGAAGUCUCUCUUUCACUGUAGAACAGGAGGUGAUGACAAAACGAGAGGCCAAACCAAUGAAACAAUAAGCCCACUCUCCGAGCUCCCCGGCAACACAGGGAACUACUCACAUUUGCCGUUUAUGUCAAAUUUACCUCAGAUUCCUGUGGUUUCAGUCUCCUACUGGAGUUUGUUUUGAAUAAACAAUGAUUUUGAAAGAACCACAAUCCAAUCAAAUCCAAGGUGGUGGUCAAAAGGUCAGGUGCCAGACAAAACAAAAAACUAAAUGUUUGUUCUAUAACCAAUGUCCCAUUUUCAGUGUGGCAACAACCCCGUUUCAAUUACAUAGCUAGAAUAAAAAUAUAAAGUGAUAUCACAGGUUUUUUUUCCUAAUGUAUUUUUAAGUGCAAUUUGGUCAGGAAUGUCAUGUGAACCAUUCUAACAUUAUUUUUUAUUUUUUUUAGGGGGUAGAUCAGCUUUAAUAUUGCAGAUAGAUUGUAACUUCCAUCAAUGUAAUUGUCUGCAUCACUUCCAAUCCCCCAUAUGUUUUUUUCCCUCGCAAAUAUAUACAUACAUACAUACAUACAUACAUACAUACAUACAUACAUACAUACAUACAUACAUACAUACAUACAUACAUACAUACAUACAUACAUACAUACAUACAUACAUACAUACAUACAUACAUACAUACAUACAUACAUACAUACAUACAUACAGUGAGGGGAAAAAAGUAUUUGAUCCCCUGCUGAUUUUGUACAGUGGGGAAAAAAAGUAUUUAGUCAGCCACCAAUUGUGCAAGUUCUCCCACUUAAAAAGAUGAGAGAGGCCUGUAAUUUUCAUCAUAGGUACACGUCAACUAUGACAGACAAAAUGAGGAAAAAAAAUCCAGAAAAUCACAUUGUAGGAUUUUUAAUGAAUUUAUUUGCAAAUUAUGGUGGAAAAUAAGUAUUUGGUCAAUAACAAAAGUUUCUCAAUAAUUUGUUAUAUACCCUUUGUUGGCAAUGACACAGGUCAAACGUUUUCUGUAAGUCUUCACAAGGUUUUCACACACUGUUGCUGGUAUUUUGGCCCAGUCCUCCAUGCAGAUCUCCUCUAGAGCAGUGAUGUUUUGGGGCUGUCGCUGGGCAACACGGACUUUCAACUCCCUCCAAAGAUUUUCUAUGGGGUUGAGAUCUGGAGACUCCAGGACCUUGAAAUGCUUCUUACGAAGCCACUCCUUCGUUGCCCGGGCGGUGUGUUUGGGAUCAUUGUCAUGCUGAAAGACCCAGCCACGUUUCAUCUUCAAUGCCCUUGCUGAUGGAAGGAGGUUUUCACUCAAAAUCUCACGAUACAUGGCCCCAUUCAUUCUUUCCUUUACACGGAUCAGUCGUCCUGGUCCCUUUGCAGAAAAACAGCCCCAAAGUAUGAUGUUUUCACUCCCAUGCUUCACAGUAGGUAUGGUGUUCUUUGGAUGCAACUCAGCAUUCUUUGUCCUCCAAACACGACGAGUUGAGUUUUUACCAAAAAGUUAUAUUUUGGUUUCAUCUGACCAUAUGACAUUCUCCCAAUCCUCUUCUGGAUGCACUCUAGCAAACUUCAGACGGGCCUGGACAUGUACUGGCUUAAGCAGGGGGACACGUCUAGCACUGCAGGAUUUGAGUCCCUGGCGGCGUAGUGUGUUACUGAUGGUAGGCUUUGUUACUUUGGUCCCAGCUCUCUGCAGGUCAUUCACUAGGUCCCCCCGUGUGGUUCUGGGAUUUUUGCUCACCGUUCUUGUGAUCAUUUUGACCCCACGGGGUGAGAUCUUGCGUGGAGCCCCAGAUCGAGGGAGAUUAUCAGUGGUCUUGUAUGUCUUCCAUUUCCUAAUAAUUGCUCCCACAGUUGAUUUCUUCAAACCAAGCUGCUUACCUAUUGCAGAUUCAGUCUUCCCAGCCUGGUGCAGUUCUACAAUUUUGUUUCUGUUGUCCUUUGACAGCUCUUUGGUCUUGGCCAUAGUGGAGUUUGGAGUGUGACUGUUUGAGGUUGUGGACAGGUGUCUUUUAUACUGAUAACAAGUUCAAACAGGUGCCAUUAAUACAGGUAACGAGUGGAGGACAGAGGAGCCUCUUAAAGAAGAAGUUACAGGUCUGUGAGAGCCAGAAAUCUUGCUUGUUUGUAGGUGACCAAAUACUUAUUUUCCACCAUAAUUUGCAAAUAAAUUCAUAAAAAAUCCUACAAUGUGAUUUUCUGGAUUUUUUUCCCUCAAUUUGUCUGUCAAAGUUGACGUGUACCUAUGAUGAAAAUUACAGGCCUCUCUCAUCUUUUUAAGUGGGAGAACUUGCACAAUUGGUGGCUGACUAAAUACUUUUUUCCCCCACUGUACGUUUGCCCACUGACAAAGACAUGAUCAGUCUAUAAUUUUAAUGGUAGGUUUUAUUUGAACAGUGAGAGACAGAAUAACAACAAAAAAAAACAGAAAAACGCAUGUCAAAAAUGUUAUAAAUUGAUUUGCAUUUUAAUGAGGGAAAUACGUUUUUCACCCCUCUGCAAAACAUGACUUAGUACUUGAUGACAAAACCCUUGUUGGCAAUCACAGAGGUCAGACGUUUCUUGUAGUUGGCCACCAGGUUUGCACACAUCUCAGGAGGGAUUUUGUCCCACUCCUCUUUGCAGAUCUUCUCCAAGUCAUUAAGGUUUCGAGGCUGACGUUUGGCAACUCGAACCUUCAGCUCCCUCCACAGAUUUUCUAUGGGAUUAAGGUCUGGAGACUGGCUAGGCCACUCCAGGACCUUAAUGUGCUUCUUCUUGAGCCACUCCUUUGUUGCCUUGGCCGUGUGUUUUGGGUCAUUGUCAUGCUGGAAUACCCAUCCACGACCCAUUUUCAAUGCCCUGGCUGAGGGAAGGAGGUUCUCACCCAAGAUUUGACGGUACAUGGCCCCGUCCAUCGUCCCUUUGAUGCGGUGAAGUUGUCCUGUCCCCUUAGCAGAAAAACACCCCCAAAGCAUAAUGUUUCCACCUCCUCCAUGUUUGACGGUGUGGAUGGUGUUCUUGGGGUCAUAGGCAGCAUUCCUCCUCCUCCAAACACGGCUCGAUUUUGGUCUCAUCUGACCACAACACUUUCACCCAGUUCUCCUCUGAAUCAUUCAGAUGUUCAUUGGCAAACAUCAGACAGGCCUGUAUAUGUGCUUUCUUGAGCAGGGGGACCUUGCGGGCGCUGCAGGAUUUCAGUCCUUCAUGGCGUAGUGUGUUACCAAUUGUUUUCUUGGUGACUAUGGUCCCAGCUGCCUUGAGAUCAUUGACAAGAUCCUCCCGUGUAGUUCUGGGCUGAUUCCUCACCGUUCUCAUGAUCAUUGCAACUCCACGAGGUGAGAUCUUGCAUGGAGCCCCAGGCCGAGGGAGAUUGACAUUUCUUUUGUGUUUCUUCCAUUUGCGAAUAAUCGCACCAACUGUUGUCACCUUCUCACCAAGCUGCUUGGCGAUGGUCUUGUAGCCCAUUCCAGCCUUGUGUAGGUCUACAAUCUUGUCCCUGACAUCCUUGGAGAGCUCUUUGGUCUUGGCCAUGGUGGAGAGUUUGGAAUCUUGAUUGAUUUAUUUUGAUUGAUUGCUUCUGUGGACAGGUGGCUUUUAUACAGGUAACAAGCUGAGAUUAGGAGCACUCCCUUUAAGAGUGUGCUCCUAAUCUCAGCUCGUUACCUGUAUAAAAGACACCUGGGAGCCAGAAAUCUUUCUGAUUGAGAGGGGGUCAAAUACUUAUUUCCCUCAUUAAAAUGCAAAUCAAUGUAUAACAUUUUUGACAUAUUUUUUUGUUGUUAUUCUGUCUCUCACUGUUCAAAUAAACCUACCAUUAAAAUUAUAGACUGAUCAUUUCUUUGUCAGUGGGCAAAUGUACAAAAUCAGCAGGGGAUCAAAUACUUUUUUCCCUCACUGUACAUACAUACAUACAUACAUACAUACACACAUCCUUUAAAAAUAUAUAUUUCCCUUUAUGAUCUUCCAACCCCACCACCCCUUCCCUAAUUGGAGUAAACUAGUGAACAACAAUGCUUAGGCCUCUCCUUCCAGCUUAUACAUACUAUAUACAUUUUAUGGACACAGUCAAUUUGACAAUGAUUCUAUUUUGUUUGUUUUUACUCCUGAACUUCCUCUACCCUCAACUUCUCCGAUCAUUUUCAUGAUGUCUAUCCGAUUUGCUUCUAUAUGCCAUACCAUAUCUUUCUAACUGUGCUCUUUCACAAAAGCUCUCAACCUAUAACCUAUAUACUUAUUAUGAUUAUUAUGGACACAGUAUGCUUACAUUAUUAGUUAUCUUGUUGUUAUUGGUUGUCAUUCUAACAUUGUUACAACUGAUUUAAUUCUGUGUUUAAUUCUCAGUGGGCGUUACAUGUACGUUUCGCUGUGUGCAUGUUCAUAUUUGGCAAGGCCAUAUAGGUAUUCUCUCUUUAUCCUAAUAAUCCCCUAAUAACCAUGUGAAUCUUAGGUUCACGUGCGUAAAUUCAAGACAGAAUCAAGGCCCUGUAAUUUAUGAGCAGAAUUAGCCAGUGUCAGAUUAAAUGGCUGUGAAAUUAGGAAGGUCUAAAAGCAGCCUGACUGUUUCAUAAACCCAGUGGGAUUCUGUAUCAACAUGAGUGAGUUUCUAGUGGAGGCCGCUUGCACUCAGACUGGUUCCUUAACUACAGUAGUGAGGCACUGCAUAACUCCCUAGCUGUUAAACGUCACAAAACAAUACAGGUUUAUACAGAUGAAUCAGGGGGAAGUAUUGAUUUACCAGACAUGAUUUUUCUCUUUACUGGUACAUUAAGGAGAUAAGUGUAUAGCUGAGGGUGAGUUGAGGGUAAUACAUGCUGAGGAAAAAUAAUUGGCUGAUGAUUGCUAAUAUUUCAAUAGAGUGGGACGAUUACCAAAGUUUCAAUUUGGAAUUGUGAAUAUUCCUAUGGUGUUUCGGUGAAAACUGUUACCUGUAUGUUUUGACCCAUUUCUUAUCGGCAUGCUAUAUUUCCACAGGAGAAUAUUCUGGAGCGGAUCCACCUGCACAUUGUGCCUGAGGAGACCGAUGCCUGCACCUCCAAGUCCUGCAUCACACACCAGAAGUUUGCCAUGACACUCUAUGAACAGGUUAAAGGAAACUCCUAGCAUCUGGUAGCACACACAGACACAGACAGACAGACAGGUCCAAAUCCAGUUGCAGGCACAGGGAUUACACACACACACCCCAUCCGGGGGUACAGCAGCAGCCACAUGGAUCACUGUCUGAGAUAGGAGCUACCCAAUCCGUCCCAUCUCCAGAGUGGGGCUGCUACUCUGGAAUACAGAGGGGGGUUUUCCUCAGAUCCCUCCCUCCCUGCCCUGCCGGUAUGAUGUUCAUCUCCCUAAACCCCAGAGCAGUCUUGUCGUCAACGUAUCAGACAGCUUUGAUGCAGGGUUUGAUGGUGAUGCAGAGGUGGCCAACUCUCCUCCCUGAGAGCAAGAAGGUAUGCAGGCCCUUCUUCCAGCUUGCUUUUACACACCUGAUUCAGUUAAUCAGCUGCUCAACAGGACCUUAAUUAGUGGAAUUGGGUGUCGUGUGGCGUUGGGACCGCUGGGGUCAGAACAUGUCGUGGUCGAGUGCGCUGUAGCGGAACAGUUUGCUGUGCUACGGGUACAGUAGGGUUGGAACAAAAGCCUGUACACCCAGUAGCUCUCCAGCAGGAGGGUUGCUUUGAUGUUUCGGUAGAGGCCCUAUAGUGUAAAAGCCAGCAGUGCUGUGGACCAGAGUUGAGAAAGGAGGCAAUAGAUUAAGUCUGAAGACCGGACACGAACCAAAACCCACCCCACCUGCCACUUUUCCUCUCAACUGACAAACACUCCACUCUCUCCCAUCACAGUUCACACAAACACCCCAAAGUAGUAAUUUCCCCAUAACUGCCCCCAAACUACUACACCUCGCGAAAUGACACGCUGACUUGAUAAUUAGUGCUUGGCUGUGGCUAAGCGGCGCCUAGCUAACGGCCAUGUGUCUGUGUUGUGUUCCUGUUCCCCUCUCCCCUGCAGUCUGUGUGCCGUAGCUGUGGGGCAUCCUCCGACCCCCUGCCCUUCACUGAGCUAGUGCAUUAUGUCUCCACCACUGCCCUCUGGUAAGCCAUGCUUAUUGACGUCACACAAAACACAAAUUUCUCUAUGUUUCUCUUAGGGUUACUGAGUGACUUUUGUAGCUUUGUCUCUCUCUGUAAACACCUUCUCUCACACUCUUUCUGGUUCUCUCACACUCUUUCUGGUUCUCUCACACUCUUUCUGGUUCUCUCACACACUUUCUGGUUCUCUCACACUCUUUCUGGUUCUCUCACACUCUUUCUGGUUCUCUCACACUCUUUCUGGUUCUCUCAGUCAACAGGUGUAUCAGAGGCGGGACGAGUCAUUUGGAGAGCUCCUGCAAGCUGCCAGCACCGUAGGGGAUUCCCGCAACUGUCCGGUAAGUGUCUGUCCUUUCAAGCAUUAAGAAAAUCAUACAUUGAUGUCAAUGGCAGUUUUGUGCAAAAACUAGCGCACACAUAUCUCAAGUCAGGAUGCACCUCCAUUCUCAUCACACUAAACAACUAUUAGGAGGGGAAAGUCAGAAAGUCACUAGCAGGACAACAGCAGAAACCCCCCCCACUGUGAAGUUGUAUUAAGGGUUCUUGUUAGUUAGUUAGUUGUCUGGUUACUUUGCUUAGCUAGUUAGUUAGCUAAUAGAGCUGGGACGACAGCAGUAUCGCAAUAUUUUUACCAUGGCAAAAAUGAAAACACGAAGCCAAUCAAACUCUUUUGGUCCUUUAAAAACCUGCUGUAUGUAAAAUAUUGUGUGCUAUAACUUGGAAAAUAAAUAAAUGUGACUGGAUGACAACAUAAUGAUGUCUGUUUCCAACAUUAGGGCUGUUUUCCUAAAUAAGUGAAAUCCACUUCGUGUUUUGUUUCCUUGCCACGAUACAAACGAGGAUUGCGAUACUGGGAUCGUCCCGGCCCUGUUAGCUAAGCUGGUUAGUUAGCUCUGCUCCUCGAGUUAACUGUCUUCUCCCUCUCUCGCUGUCACCAGAGUAACUGUGGCCAGAGGAUCAAGAUCCGCCGGGUCCUCAUGAACUCCCCGGAGAUCGUCACCAUCGGCUUCGUGUGGGACUCAGACCAGUCAGACCUCACAGAGGACGUCAUUCGCUCGCUGGGGCCACACCUCAACCUCUCUGGGGUAAGGACGGCAAGCCAGCAGGGACAAAAAGCACAACAGAUGGAUUAUAUUACUACGAAGCUCAGUUCAAUAGUGUAGCGCAGUCUUUCCCAAUCUUGGUCCUGGAGACCCCAAGGGGUGCACGUUUUGAUUUUUGCCCCAGCACUACACAGCUGAUUCAACGUUUUUAUUAUUUGAAUCAGCUGUGUAGUGCUAGGGCAAAAACCAAAAUGUGCACCCCUUGGGGUCCCCAGGACCGAGUUUGGGAAACACUGGUGUAGCGCUUUGUCAAAGUCAGUCUGCUCUUGUGUUUCGUUUAAUGAAAGUGAUGGGUUGUAGAUAAAGUAAAGAAGGUUCAAACAGUGGAGAAGAAUCUAUAGAAUUCAGAAUAGGAAAGUGUCAUGAAAACAGUUGAAUCUUUGAUCGGGGAAAGGCAAAGACCUGUGAAGAAAGUUAGAGAUGGCCAAGAACCUCCACAUAAGUUUAAAACACGUCUAAUUCUCGAUUGUCAGCCCGUAAUAAAACAGAUUAGUCAAGUAGUCUGAUUUUAAAAUCGCCAAGGCAGUGAUUGCACCUAAACAAAAUGGCCGCCUCACCUCCCCAAAUGCGAACCCUGGAAAUAGGAAAACAACAAUAAUACACCAUUUUCAAUUGGUCGAACUCCUAAAAUAUGGUUAGAAUCACUGCAUUCUGGUUUUACUCUAUUUGCUUUCUGUCUUUUUUGUUUGUUUGUUUGUUGGAGCCUCCACAGCUGGUGUUCCUUGCCCUGGUUGUGUUGGGGUCAGUUUAUUUUGGUGCCAUGGAGCAUAUGGGGGAAAUAAAGUGGGCUUUAUCCCUGCGUAAGUCGGAGCGUUGCGUAAGCAGUGCAUGGUGCAAUGCCCAGUUGGCCCACGCUGCUGAUCAAAAAGCCCCUGCUGCAGGGCCAGAUCGUGUCAACGCCCCCUCAGUGCCACGAUGGAAGAGUACGAUGUUUAUGUGCGAUUGUGUGAGAGAGAGGGUGGGUCAUAGAAAGGUUACAUGUGAGUGUGUGUGUGUAUAUUUGUGUAAGAGAAUGGUGGGUGUGUGGAAGGUGUGGUCUGUGUAUGAGUUGGGACUGUAUGUUGGAGUACAGAGUGUCCUUGGCAUUUGUAACACUCAACUCUGGCUGACACUGUCCAUGUUCCUUCAAGAAGAAAAGGAAUGAGCUUCACUGAAACCUGCUACAAAUCUAGAACAAACUGUCACAGACCAGGCCCAACAUAUUACACAACACCAUCUCCCUUGAAGACUACAGGCACAGAUUCCUCUUUUCCCCUCGUUUUGAGCGCAUUCCAGAACUGGAUUAGUCUAGCUAGUUUAGCAGAACCCCCACCAAGUACCACAAAGGGCUUGAUUCAUACUCGUACUGUUCAUGUGACUGUGCUGGGUGUCGGAGAAAACCUCCCCCCUGCCUAGGAAUCCAUUGUCUCCCAUGGCCAAAGAGAACCGGCCAUUCAGGAAAAACAAGAGGCUAUUUCACAACCUCCUCAUCCAGCGGUCUAUUCAAACUGGUGGGAGGAUGAAAUUAUACUGACGUUCGCCUGAACUACCACGCUGGAAGCUGCUAGAGAUGCAAGCGAGGCCAGUAUCAAUCCAAGUUGAAGGGCAAUUUGACUGUCCAAAUGCUAAUGCGUGUGGAUGACAAACAUGAAUGUUUUGGUUAAAUGGCUGUAUAUCUGACUGAGAAGGUUCUGCUGUGUGAUAAAAGACUGUGUUAAUCCAUUGAGCUAAAGUCUACGCAUUAGUUUGGGGAGCCAACCUAAGUCUUUAGGUCUUAGGGCAGGGUGGGAGUGUUUUGGGCUAAAUUUAACCAAAUAAAGUAAUUGAAAUGUGUGUGUGUCCGCAGCUCUUCUACCGGGUGACAGACGAGCACGCCAAAAAGGGAGAGCUUCUAUUGGUUGGGAUGAUCUGUUACUCCAGCCGCCACUACUGUGCCUUCGCCUUCCAUACCAAAUCCGCCAAAUGGGUGUUCUUCGACGACGCCACGGUCAAAGAGGUGGGGGUUAGGGAUAGAUAUAGAAAAAGACAUAAGCAAACAGUCCUCUAGUAAGGGAGCAAAAACACCACACCUCACCCAACACUCUCAUAGCAUCUCACUCUUUUGCUGUGGUGACAUAUGCUGCUCGGACCAUACACAUAUACAUGCAUGGACAGGCGCACGCCACACACACUCUCCCCUGUCUCGUUUGCUAUAGUGAUCCACACACACACACACACACACACUCUAUGACACUGUGACAAGAAAAAGGAAUUCACCACAUCAAAUCAAAUUGUAUUUGUCACAUACACGUGUUUAUCAGAUGUUAUAGCGGGUGUAGCGAAAUGCUUGUGCUUCUAGCUCCGACGGUGCAGUAAUAUCUAACAAUUUCACAACAUAUACCCAAUACACACAAAACUAGUAAGGAAUGGGAUUUAAGAAUAUAUACAUAUAUGGACAAGCAAUGACAGAGCGGCAUGGACUAAGAUACAGUAGAGUUUUAUAGAAUAGUAACUAAAGUAACAUUUUGUUGGUAACUUUCUUUAAAGGGCUUCAACCAGUUGAUUUGAAAUAAAAUCAGGAAUACAAUCUGACAUGAGAGGAUUUUCCAGGAAGCUGAUGUAUGAUAUCAUGGGAUACAAAUCAUCUGUUAUCUGGAGCUAAAGCCUCCCUAGCCAGCAACUGAAAAUGCAGAAAUGUACUUGGUUGAGCUGAUGAAAAGGAGAAUGAGAGCAGGGAGCUCCCUGAGCCAUGUCUUAACUCCAUCGCCACCAUCUUCCUAUAAGGGCCACAUCGAUCACCAUUCACCACCCCCGGGUUGAUGAGCCUUCAGUGGGGUUGAAAAGUCUGCAAUAAUCACCAACACCCACACAUGUUCGCAAGCGUGGGGACACACACACACCCACACACACACAGCAGCACUUGUACUAGGUUUUCCCAGUGGAAACUAUUGAAGCACCUUCAGUCUUUCCCCAGUUAAUUGCAUCAUCAGUCAUCCACAGUUGAGCUACACUGUUUAGUGGACUUCCACAUUUCAGGAUAUCAAAUUGAAAUAAAAAUGUGUAUUUUGUGUAUGUGUUUAAUGAGCAACACUGGGUGUGUGUGUCCAGUCCAUUUGACUGGUCUGCGGUGCAGGAGCUGGCUGGCUCGGAGUCAAUCCAGCAGCAGUUUGUGCUGUGUAUGCACUUCAGCCCGACUGGGACAGAGCACUACAGUACAGCACCCGAGCCAACCAAAUAACACGCCAUACACCUGCUGUGUUGCUACUCAUUCUCUUAUGGACUCACACCAAGUAAUGAGGAGAAAUACCCUACAGAUUAUGGAUAGCUUUUAAACCAUAUUUAUAUUUGACAUUUAUGGUUGCGGUUUGUUGACUAUCAUUCUUGUCAUAAUUGCUUGUAUCAUUUAUUGCAGCACCAGUGGUUCAGCGGUUCCCCUAAGCCUAUUUUGUUGUUGUUGUCCCAGGCGGGGAUCAGUGCCCCCCCCCCCCCCCCCCCCCCCCCAUUUUACUGUCACAUUCCUUUCUUACUCUUUCUCUUUCCUGUCUCUCUCUUUCCUGUCGCUCUCUUUCUGCUCCUCUUUCCUUCUCCUUCAUUUGGUUAAUUAAGGAGCACACUAGCAUCUGUUAGCCUCCAGUCUGCCUCUGUGGCGUUUUGUAGUGAGGCACGUGCCUAACUCUGCUCAGCUAAUGUGAUUGUGAGUGCUUUAGCACAUAAUAUUCACUUAAGAACAAAGGGACAAUGUGCUUUCACAAUGCACAGCAAUGUCUCCUUGGACAUAGUUUUGUGUGGAAUUCUAAAAUGAAAAUUCCUCUCUGAACAGUUCGUGACAUGCCUGAAUACGAUUUUUCUGGUCUAUGGUCACCAUACAUUUUGAGGGUAAUGGUUCAAAGAAUGUCCCUGAAUUCAAGCAAGCGUUGUGUCAACAUUUUUCCUCCAUGGUUUUUGUUAUUUGUGCGCUAUCCAUUUAAAUGAGGCAUAAUAUAGUGGAUAUACUCUGAGAAGACUAUUCCUUAGAGCCCAAGCCCUUUAAAUGGAUGAACCAAUUCAAUUACAAGUCAGCAUUUUCUGAAAGAUGUACUCAAAGGUACCUAACAUUUACAUAUUUAGGUUUUGGCAACUGAUGCUCAUCAAAUAAAUACAGGCUUUUCGAAAGUAGUAAGGUGUAUUGACUGGCACUAAACGACACAUUUGGCUUCUGACAAGACCUCUCUGUCUAAUGAGAUGAGGAAAUUGGUCAGUGCCAGUAAGACAUAGGUGACAUUUUAUUUUCUUGUCACAUUGGGAAGAUGCCAGUUUUGCCUUUCUGCCUCUCAAGCAGGAGCACACACGCGCACACACACUCUUCAUGUGUCUCUCUAUUGACCUCCUAGUCUCCUCUCCCCUAUCUUAGAUUGGGACCCGGUGGAAAGACGUGGUCACCAAAUGCAUCAAGGGCCACUUCCAGCCCCUCCUCCUAUUCUACUCCAACCCAGAUGGCAGCGCCAUCUCCGUAGACGACGCCUCGCGCCAGAACAGUGACCGCUCCAACUACAAGUCCCCCGUCAACGGAGACGUCCAAGGUAUACAAGACAUCGGACAAAGGGACAUUCUCUUUUCUUUCCUCUAUAGGAAGAACUACACCACUACCCCUAGAGUCAUGGAACUUUUACAGCACAUUGAGGGAAAUAACUGCCUACAUUUGCAUAUCAAAUCUAUGCAAAAAUAUAGGUUUUUCCAGGAUGCCAACAAUAUGAAGUCAAAUGUACAAUCACUUUUCAUGGUGUUAUCAUCCCAAGAUGUGACUUCAGGUGUUUUGCGAUGGCGAUGCAGUCUCUAUCUCAUGAUCUCUUACUUGAGACCAAAUGUGGUCUUGGUUUAGGUCUUUUGGAGACCAGAUUCAAACGGCCCCCCUUUCCAAAAUGGUUGAACAACCCCUUAGCUUCACUCGAGAUGAUUUCCAGGAACCACACACCACGUUUAUAAUUCAUAGUUCCUUUUAAUUCAUGCUUAACAUGGGGGAUGCUAUAUUUAAGUCGGUGCAGUAAAUUCACAGCGAGAGGGGGUCCUAAAAUAAGUGAUUCUAAGAGUAGAGCUCUCUGGCACCAGCAAUUUGGAAUUAAUGCCAGCAAGUGUUGCCAAUGGUGUGACUGUGGUUACAACUUUUUUUAACAGCAUGCACUAGCCAAAUGACCACCACUGCCACAGAGCAGUGGGUCUCAAACUUUUUGGUUAGCAUCUCCUUUACAUAUUUUGGUCUAAAUUUGUGCCCCGUGCCAGACGCACAUUAAUUGCUUUUAUUAAUUGUCAGCCUCACCACAUUCAGUCAGAGGAGUCUCUAAAAAGGGUAACUACAGUACAUGUUGCAGUGUUGAAUUCUGUUCGGGCCACCAUUUUGGCAUCUUUUGAAGUCUCACAAUGUGCUUGACAUUUUCUUUUUUACUGUAUGACCAGAAAAGACGUGCUGUUGACAAAAGUGACUUUACAAAUACGUGCUGAACUUCAAAACAAGUUUGGAUGCCCAUCACUUCAGUUGGAUUUAGGGUUGCAAAAUUCUGAUAACUUCACUAAAAUUCCCCAAAUCCCGGUUGGAGGAUUCCCGAAUUUCCUGCUUAAUGUUUCCUGAUUCCUGUAAUAUUCCAAACCGGGAUUUCUGGAAAAGCUGUCAAUUUGGGGAAAGUUCCUAGAAUUUUGCACUCUAGUUGGAUUACUGUUUAUUACUGUAUUAGCUAAUGGUGUUCCAACCUUUUCUGUACCACUCAAUCAAUACUUGAUUUGAUACAGAACUACGAGAGUUCAUCAGCAGCAUUGCCAACAGCGACGGCAUUAAACAUUUUAUUUUUAUAUAUUUUUUACGUCGACCUCGACCAUAAUACCCGUCGCUAAAGCCUCCCUAGAAGUUGUUGAUGACGAGCUGAACAUUUCUGUGUGAGGAUUAAAAACCUCUGGAUUUGUUUGGGGUGGGGUUUAUCCCCCUUAAUGAUCCACUCUCUGAGCUGGCCUUGCCCCCAGGUCGUGAUGGUGACUGUGGCUCACUGGCCUUCAGAGGCUGGCUUAAGAAGAAAGACAGAAAAUGUACAUUUGUUCAGUUCAAUUUUCUCAAAUAUGUUAAUUGGGUAGCGCUAAACUUUUGUUUUUUUGUUUACAUUUUUCCAGAGAUAUUUUGGAUUUACUGAAAAGUGAAUGAUAAUAGGCAGCUUAUUUACAUAAUACCUAAGAAUUGCUGUUUGGAAUUGAUCCCAACCCUGAUUUGUCUCACCAGUAGAAAUAGAUCCAUGAAGAGACAUAUGCUAUCCAUAUGUAAAAAUUUUAUAAUAUUCUAUCCCUCUCCUCCUUUUCGACCAACCAGCACCCGAGUCUCCACUUCCGGGCCCCAAGAAGCUGGAUCUGACCAGGGAGAACCUGAAUGCCCUGCUGGGCCCCGGCAGCUUCAAACAGAAGAGCCAGACCCCUUCCACCUUUACCAGGGGCAGCGGCCAGACUAGCGGGGGCCGAGGACCAGGUACAACACAAGCGGUUGGGGGGGGAGAAUGGAUAUGAUGGGAGACAGGGAGAGGGAUGGGUAUUUCUACAUAUAGCAAUGGAAAAUGGGUAUUAUCUGAGAGAGAUUGGGGAGGUAGAUGAUAGAUUGAGAGAAGAGACUGAAAGAUGUGACAGGGUUAGAGGUAGAGGAGAUUGGAGGUAGAUUACAGAGCUACUGUAGAGGGAGGGGGGGGGGGGGGGGGGGGGGGGGAGCAUGGAUAGAGGCAACCAAAGAGUGAAAGGGUAGAGGGACAGACUUUGAGAGGAGGAGUAAGGCCUGGGAGAGAGGGAGAGAAGGAGAGAGGGAGGGGGAGAGGGAGGGGAGGAGGGAGGGAGGGAGGGGGGGCCAGAGCUCAGAAAGUGGCCUUAAUGAUGGAACAGGAAGGGAAUGAGGACAAAUGUGAGCGAGGGAUCAGGAGUAUGUACACCUCCAAAGAGAAGAGACAAGCGAGGGGCCACGAGAAGCAAGGAAAGAUCCUAAGGGCAGACUCUUUUAACCUCUGUCCCAAAUGGUGCCCUAUUCCCUAUAUAGUGCACUACUUUUAACCAGGGUGCUUCACAGGGUUGUUUGGUAUUUUCAAUUACCGCAGCACAUACUUCUAGUUCUAUCCAUCGUAUCUGGCUUUCUCCUACUUUACAAGAGAAGAGGCUACAAAGAUGAGACUCAGGGAGGAUUGGAGGAGAGAAAAUGUAUUCCGCGGCACGAUUGGUUCCACCUCAGUGCAUUUCCCCCUGUGAAGCAGAAAAGCCCGGCGUAUACAUCAGCACAUCGAUCGGCCCUAAACUUCUCCUUAAACUCAGGACUGUUCAAUGCCUCCUGGGGGCUAGUCAGGGGAUAGAAGGGAGGAGGAGUAGAGGAGGGGUGGAGGUGGAAGAUAGGCCACCCCCACUCCCUCCCUAAGUGACUGUAGUUUGUGUUGGGAUUAGAGGUAGAAAGGACUUUACCCCUCCGUGUUUGACUACUUGUUCUUUUUGGUGUGUUGUUCUCCUUGUAUUGUCUAUUGGAAGUCACUCUGUUUCUCAAAAUGACUGAAAUGGAAUGUAGUGUAGAAUAUGUUUCUUUCUCCCUGUUGUGCAGUGAAGCUGGGCACCAGUGAUCCUAAGAGCCGUCUGAAGGACAUCUCCAGAGAGGUGGUCCAGAAGGCAGGGGAGGUCCGGGGGAUGCACCCCUCCAGGAGAGACCAGGACAGGACGGAGAGGAGGAGACAGGACACCCGCUACCGUGGUAUGGAGCUAUACACACACACACACACACACACACACACACACACACAGGCAAAUCUACACACACAUACUACACACACAGAGAGGAAAAGCAACUGAUAUGAAACAAUAGUGGCAUUGCACCAUGCAUGUACACACACACACACCAAUGAAAAGACAAUAUUACCCUUGACACAAUGCUCUACACAGUACACACACAACCCAUCAUUACCAACAUAAAAAUGCACAAAAAACAAGCAUGGCCAACCAGGCAGGGUGGUUUGGGAGCAAUGUGUCAGGAUGGGGAUCAUCUCUCCCUCCCUUUUUAAUCAGGCCCUUCCACGUACUGUUCUCUCACUACUGGAUACUGUUCUCUCACUACUGGAUACUGUUCUCUCACUACUGGAUACUGUGGUAGUGGCUAUAUCAGCCCUGUUCUAUUUGGAUUCCUAGCUGCUGUCCGUAAGUGCCAUUUCAAUGUCUUGAGUGUUCACAUGACAGCGUUAGUGGAGUAUGUGAGAGUAGGAUCAUGGCCCUGGACCCAUAUUGCUUAUAUCUAGGCCAGCAAUAGAAAUAAGGCAACAUCUAUGGUUACAGGAGACCCACUACCACCCUCCUAUAGCCUAACCCCUCCCAUGCUACCAUAAAUAGUCCCUCAAAGGUAUUGAGGUUUGCUGUGUGUGUUGGUGGGGGAAUUACAUGUAGAUUGAUUUGAAAGCAAUCUCUAAAUUGUUCAUAAGAACGGAAAUAGGAUCAGCAUACCCUCCCCAAAGCCUAACCUGAACCAUUGGAGGAAAAUGCCAAACUGAUCAUAGAUCAGUGUCUACAGGCAACUUCACCCCUUUCCUCCUUGGUCUCUAACCCUCUGUCAUAUUUCCUCACCUGUCCUGUCGUUUCAUUUCUGUGAACACCAAACGGGUUGGAACUAAGGGCAAGGUGCAAGGAACUGAAAUUGAACUAGCCCCCAUAGCCACCCUGUUAGCACCAGGCUCACGUCCCAUUAUGAUUGAAUGCACCAGGCUAACAGAGGCUAGCGUCAUGGCCUUGAUGAAUGGUGAUGCUGGAGGUGAGUUCAUGUAAGUGGAAUAUAUCUAUCUCUAAUGCUGCUCGUGACCAGGCUAGCUCUCUGCUAAAAUGCUGACUUCAAAGCUACUUGACAGUUUUAGUUUCAAGUUUUAAUGUCACGUGCGCAAGGACAGUGAAAUGCCUUUCUUGCGAGCUCUAAACCCAACAGUGCAGUAAUCAAUAACAAUGUAAUACUAAAAAUAACAUGAGGUAGAACAAAAACAUACGAGAAAAAUAUGUAAGAAGGACUAUUUAUGGUAGCAUGGGAGGGGUUAGGCUAUAGGAGGGUGGUAGUGGGUCUCCUGUAACCAUAGAUGUUGCCUUAUUUCUAUUGCUAUAUACCUGGUCAGUUCCACUACCAUAUUUACAAUGUGCAGGGAUACUGAAUCGAUAGGGGUAGAUAUGUAUAGGAUAAAUGAUAAACAGAGUAGCAGCAGUGCAUAUGACAAUUUUAUGUGAGGGGGUGUGCGUGUGUGUGUGAGCAAAUUAUGAUGUGAGUGUGUGUGUGUUGGAGUGUCAGUGUGUGUAGUGUGUAGGGCCCUGUGAGUGUGCAUAGAGACAGUGGAAAAAUAAAAUACAAGGAUCAACUCGGAUAAUCCAUGUACCUAUUUUGUUAGCUAUUUAGCAGUCUUAUGGCUUUUGGAUAGAAACUGUUCAGGAGCCUGCUGGUGUCAGACUUGAUGCACCAGUACCGCUUGCCAUGCGGAAGCAGAGAGAACAGUCUAUGGCUUGGGUGGCUGGAGUCUUUAACGAUUUUCUGUCCCUUCACAAAAAUAAUAGCAAAAUAAGAAAGUUAGCAUUAAGGUCAGAUAGGGAGAGUUGGUGUCAAUGGGAGACAUUGGCGUCAUCCUAUUUUCUAUAUAAUGCACUACUUUUGACCACAGGGCUUUGGUCAAAAGUAGUGCACCAUGUACGAAAUAGGUUAUCAUUUGGGACAUUGCAGUUAGUGUUACCAGGACACAUUUUUCCCUGUUUUCAUCUUGCAUAGUGUAACUGUGUUGACAUUUAGCUUCCAACCCUAAAUGACAAGCAUGCUGUGUUAGCAUUGCUACACAUGCAUAGUUAGACCAUCUUUGUCUUUGUCGCACGUGCGUACACAUGCACGCACACACACAGCUAGACCAGUUCACAGAAACUCUUACAUAGACGGACACACAUGCACAAAAUCGCACGUAAAAUAUCACACGAGUCUCUCACACACACAAUGUGAACAGCGUAAAUUAUGUUCGAGGUGAUUUAACUCUUGCACGCCCCGUCAGCAGAUUCCCUAUCCGUAGCGACUCCAUCUCUCAGGGGAGGUUACAUCCGGGGCGCUGUGGAAUAUAACCUCCCAUAACUCUUUCUGCACACCUGAGACUCAGUGAAGGCCUCAAUCCAAGAUCACACGCCCUGUCAUGCUAUUAAUGAAUAUUCAUAUGGUGAUUUAGACACAUUUUUAUAUCAGGGGACUUCCAGUUAUAAAACGUACAGUUGAAGUCGGAAGUUUACAUACACUUAGGUUGGAGUCAUUAAAACUCGUUUUUUCAACCACUCCACAAAUUUCUUGUUAACAAACUAUAGUUUUGGCAAGUCGGUUAGGACAUCUACUUUGUGCAUGACACAAGUAAUUUUUCCAACAAUUGUUUUCAGACAGAUCACAAUUCCAGAAAAUGAUGUCAUGGCUUUAGAAGCUUCUGAUAGGCUAAUUGACAUCAUUUGAGUCAAUUGGAGGUGUACCUGUGGAUGUAUUGCAAGGCUCAGUGCCUCUUUGCUUGACAUCAUGGGAAAAUCAAAAGAAAUCAGCCAAAACAUCAGAAAAAAAAUGGUAGACCUCCCAAACGCCUGAAGGUACCACGUUCAUCUGUACAAAAAAUAGCACUCAAGUAUAAACACCAUGGGACCACGUAGCCGUCAUUCCGCUCAGGAAGGAGACGGGUUCUGUCUCCUAGAGAUGAACGUACUUUGGUGCGAAAAGUGCAAAUCAUUCCCAGAACAACAGCAAAGGACCUUGUGAAAAUGCUGGAAGAAACUGGUACAAAAGUAUCUAUAUCCACGAGUCCUAUAUCGACAUAACCUGAAAGGCCGCUCAGCAAGGAAGAAGCCACUGCUCAAAAACCGCCAUUAAAAAGCCUGACUACGGUUUGCAACUGCACAUGGGGACAAAGAUCGUACUUUUUGGAGAAAUGUCCUCUGGUCUGAUGAAACAAAAAUAGAACUGUUUGGCCAUAAUGACCAUCGUUAUGUUUGGAGGAAAAAGGGGGAUGCUUGCAAGCCGAAGAACACCAUCCCAACCGUGAAGCACGGGGGUGGCAGCAUCAUGCUGUGGGGGUGCUUUGCUGCAGUAGGGACUGGUGUACUUCACAAAAUAGAUGGCAUCAUGAGGAAGGAAAAUUAUGUGGAUAAAUUGAAGCAACAAGACAUCAGUCAGGAAGUUAAUGCUUGGUCGCAAAUGGGUCUCCCAAAUGGACAAUGACCCCAAGCAUACUUACAAAGUUGUUGCAAAAUGGCUGAAGGACAACAAAGUCAAGGGAUUGGAGUGGCCAUCACAAAGCCCUGACCUCAAUCCUAUAGAAAAUGUGUGGGCAGAACUGAAAAGGCGUGUGCGAGCAAGGAGGCCUACAAACCUGACUCAGUUACACCAGCUCGGUCAGGAGGAAUGGGCCAAAAUUCACCCAACUUACUGUGGGAAGCUUGAGGAAGGCUACCUGAAAUGUUUGACCCAAGUUAAACAAUUUAAAGGCAAUGCUACCAAAUACUAAUUGAGUGUAUGUAAACUUCUGACCCACUGGGAAUGUGAUGAAAGAAAUAAAGCUGAAAUAAAUUAUUCUCUCUACUAUUAUUUUAUUUAUAUUAUUUCACAUUCUGGUGAUCCUAACUGACCUAAGACAGGGAAUUUUUCCUAGGAUUAAAUGUCAGGAAUUGUGAAAAACUGAGUUUAAAUUUAUUUGGCUAAGGUGUAUGUGAACGUCCGACUUCAACUGUACAUCCAGACCAGUACAAAUGUAGCAUGUGUGGGAAUAAAACCCACAACCCUGAUGUUGGAGGAACAAUGAAUGCUCCAUCCAACAGAGCCAUUGGACCCAGUCAUCCUAAUGUUGAAUAAUUGUCCCUUAGUGCAUCUUCUGUUAGUCUUUGAUGAAGCGCUUUCAGUAAAUAUAGUUGAACGGCAAUUAAAAGGGCAUAUAUUUCACAAGUUAAUCUUUACUGCAUACCUUACUGCAUACCCCUCCCAUUGAAUAACAUAUAUCACUGUACUGUUCCAGUGGAGAUGUCCAGUCUAGUCAUAUUUUUAGAAAGUGGCCGGCAUGUCUCUGUCUCGUACACACACAAACAAUUUGUCCUCAGUCAUACACAUCUCUAGGCAACAGACUCCUCUAUUCAAGGAGUCAUGGACAGCCAGCAGGGAGUACGUAUACACACACACACACACACACACGGCCACCUUUCAUCAUUAAUAUCUCCACAGACAUCACAGCGUGAGGUUGCUACCCAUACUGCUACGCCACGGAGACACACACGGCAUCCCGCCGUCCAUUAUUUAUACCUUCCUCAUGUCUACAGACGUACAAUAAACCACAACCUCAUUGUUCCCAUACCCCACUACACCCCUGCGGUCUUCCUUAGAAAACCCUGUGUCUGGCUUGGAAUGGCAUUAAAAGUCGAGAGUUGUUGCACUUGGCAAGGUUUUCACAAUACACUGGCAUUUGGCAUUAAAGGCAGCAGUUUGGAUAGUACGCCAGCUCGAGUGCAAUGUUGGAAUCAGCAUUUCCCCUGUAGAAAAAGUGACUUUCUUAGCGACAUCAACCAGAAAAGGUUAUUUUCCUAAGGAUUUUUUAAGGUCCUCUCCUCCCACCCUACUUUGGCCUCGGAGGAAUUGAUGUGACUCAGUGGGUUUUGUUUGCCUCUUUUCAGACAAGCCUUGGCGACUUUGUAAUGACAGAUGUGUCAUUGACUGUGGUCCUCUGUAGCUCAGCUGGUAGAGCACGGCGCUUGUAACGCCAGGGUAGUGGGUUCGAUCCCCGGGACCACCCAUACACAAAAAUGUAUGCACGCAUGACUGUAAGUUGCUUUGGAUAAAAGCGUCUGCUAAAUGGCAUAUUAUAUUAUUAUAGAUGUCGCCCAACGUGUUUAUUUUGUCUCAUAUUGUAAGAAAAACAUGGAAGCUCUAAAUACGUUUUGCUGGAUGUUUUCUACCUCAUUGUAGCCAACAAAUUUGAAGAGGACAGCAGCUUUUAACAUCUAGGGUAAAUGAUCUUGAUAUUUCUUUCAUAUUUGAACAGCAAUAUCUGUAGAAAAAGCUUACCACAUCCUUGUAAGUAGCAGACAGACCUCUAGGCCAAUGUCCUUAUGAAAUGUGUACCCACACACUGUCCAUGUCCUCCUAAACACUACACUUGAAUAAAUUCUCAUAAAAUCCCGCUCUCUUUCCUUCAGAGCCAAUACCAGAGAGGUACUCGCGCUCCGCCUCCCCACCGGAGAAUUGCUUCAAGCCGCACCUGUAUGCCAGCCAGGGCAAAGGGCCCACCAGGACCGAGAGGACCCCCCACUUUGGCGGCAGGUCCUCCACUCAUGAGGGGCCUCCUCACUCCAGUGUCCAGGUACUACCAGCCCUGCCCAGCGGCGGUGGGGGCUCCGGUGGCGGCCAUUACAGCCGGAGACUGGAGCAGCUUUCUAACGGCUACGACACGGACAGCAGCCAGGACUCACGGGAGCGCCCUGGGAGCCGGGACGGUGGCCGUAACUCCAGUUCUAGCAGCAGUAGUAGCAGCAGGCCAAGUCGGCCAUGGAAGCCCAUGCGCGAGGUGCUAAACGUGGAUAGUGUGAUAAGUGGCGUUGGUGGUGGUGGAGGGAGUCAGGCGCACCGGCAGCACAGUCCCCACCGGAUACCCUCCAGCCAGGAGGUGGCGCCACCCUCCCCCGAAAGAGACAGGGACCGGGACUUCACAUGGGGCGGGUGCGAGGAGCACAAGCCCAAGAGCCUGAUGACCAUCUACGAGGACGAGCAGCGGCCCGAGACGGGCGGCAGCCGCAGUUCACUGGAGUCGGAGGGCAAGGACAGGUCAAAGGGCAGCACGGUGAUGGCGAGCACGCUGAAGGUGCGCAGUGACAACUGGAAGUUCCAGCGCACCGAGUCGGGAUACGAGAGCAGCGACCGCCUUAGCAACGGCUCGGCUAACCUGGACUCGCCAGUUGUGGAGAACUUCACGUCCAAAGAGCUGAGGCCCAUACCUGAGGUACACCUGACAAGGUAA